CCAUCAAAAAGUUCACGGGAUUUCAAUCUCAACAAUUCGAACCCUUCUGAAAAUCCCACCCCAAAUAUUUGCAGAUUGGUGCUGGUUGAGGUGGUUAACCGUUAAAGGCCAAUCCUGCAAAAGGGUUUUCACAGUUUCAUAAAUUUGUGAGUUUCCACAUUCUUCUUCUUCAUAUUUAUAUCCCUGUGCCUGUCUCCAUCCCUGUCUGUCCAAAAUAAAUGCAUGAUGAAGAUCCAAGAACAAUCACACAGGAUUCCUAAUCCCAUUUCUUAAAAUCCCAAAUCCCGGAAUUUCAGUGCAUCAUCUCAUCCAAAUCCAUUCUCUAGCUUCCAUAUAAAGAACUACCAGUCUCAGGGUCUUGCUCUGUUUUUGUGAGUGGUGUUUUGUUGGUGAUGGGUUGCGCAAGCUCGAAGAAGUCUCCGCGGUGCCGCCACUGCCACAACAACUAUUCUUCUCCGGUCACGCGGCGGAGCUACUCAAUGCAUGUUCAUCAUCCACCUCAGAACAGAGGCGAUAGCUACCAUGUCGUUGCGCUCACCUCCUCCACCUUGGGAUCUCUCAGCAACAAUAAGAUCGAGUACGAGUUCAAGACAAUUGUCAACGACAAUAAGGAUCAUAUCCACAAGGUGAUGGAGAAGGAGAACGAGAAUGUGAAUGUGAAUGAAAACAAUAAGGAUUUUUCGAUGGGAUUAAUUGAGGCUAAGACGUGGUCCAAAAUGAUCAACCAGAAGAUUCCCAAGAUUAUACCGAAAACGCCGACGAGAACGCCGCCGGGAGAGCCGGAGAUGAUCGAUGCUUGGGAGUUGAUGGAGGGUCUUGAAGAUAUAAGUCCCCUGAGGAAUUCAGGUCAUCAUCUUCGGAGCUUUUCUUUUGACGUUAUUAAAAGUCCAUGUCCUGUUCCCGUUACAGGUUGUGUUGAUCGUCCCAAGUCAAGGUUCCAAGAAAAUGGUGCUGCCUCUCCUAAGCCUAUGUGGCUUCAAUUGGCUGAUUACGAGAAUAAUUUGAAUUCUUCCAAUGCUGGGAUUCCCGAUUUUGAUCCGGAGGUCAUUUCCGGAUUUAGAAAGUCUUUCAAAGAGCUCAAGAAAGAUGAUCCAUUUCAUUUUCAAGAUGGAGAGGAGCCCAAUGAGGAUAUCUCUUUCUCUGAUGAAAAAUCUUGUGUCAUUUCGGAUUUCAAUUGUCAAGUGCCUUAUGGUAAGGCAAAGGAUAUAGAGAAAGUGGUGUUGUACUUCACUAGUCUUAGAGGGGUGCGCAAGACUUACGAGGAUUGUUGCCAUGUGAGAGUGAUUCUAAAAGGCAUAGGUGUUCGAGUUGAUGAGCGAGAUGUUUCGAUGCAUUCAGGAUUCAAGGAGGAGCUGAAAGAGCUAGUGAAAGGUGGGUGUGGUGGAAUUUCUUUGCCUAAAGUGUUUGUGGGGGAGAAAUACAUUGGUGGAGCUGAAGAGAUUCGGCAAAUGCACGAAGAUGGGAAGCUCGAGAAGUUGCUUGAAUCUUGUGAGAAGUUGAAUGAUGUUGGUGGAGAUGGUGGUGGAGUUUGUGAGGCUUGUGGGGAUAUAAGGUUUGUGCCAUGUGAGACAUGUUCCGGUAGCUGUAAAAUUUACUAUGAAGAUGAUCAUGAUCCAGACGAAGAACUUGAGGGCCAAGAGGAAGAAGAAGCAAUGGAGGGUGAGUGUGGAUUCCAACGAUGCCCAGAUUGUAAUGAAAAUGGCCUAACACGUUGCCCCAUUUGUUGCUAUUAA